AUGGCUUCAACAGGACAACUAGCAUCGUCCUUAAAGCGAUCUGCAAUAAGAGAUGAGGAUCAGCUUAUUGUAACACCUUUGGGCGCUGGUAGUGAAGUGGGACGAUCCUGUGUUCACAUGUCUUACAAGGGAAAAAUUGUUAUGUUCGACUGUGGUAUUCAUCCAGCUUUCUCAGGAAUGUCUGCACUGCCUUACUUUGAUGAAAUCGAUCCUUCACGUAUUGAUGUUCUUCUUAUUACCCACUUCCACUUGGACCAUGCUGCUUCCCUUCCCUAUUUCCUGGAGAAGACUACAUUUAAAGGCCGCGUUUUUAUGACGCAUGCAACAAAAGCUAUCUACAAGUUGCUUUUAUCAGAUUAUGUUAAAGUGAGCAAGGUCUCAGUUGAAGAUAUGUUGUUUGAUGAACAAGACAUUCUUCGGUCCAUGGAUAAAAUUGAGGUUAUUGACUUUCAUCAGACUCUAGAAGUUAAUGGUAUCCGCUUUUGGUGUUAUACUGCUGGUCAUGUCCUUGGUGCUGCCAUGUUUAUGGUUGACAUUGCUGGUGUUCGUGUUCUCUACACUGGAGACUAUUCGCGAGAAGAAGAUCGUCACCUUCGAGCUGCUGAGCUCCCCCAGUUCUCCCCAGAUGUUUGCAUUAUUGAAUCAACUUAUGGUGUUCAACUCCACGAGCCACGACAUAUACGCGAGAAGCGCUUUACUGAUGUUAUUCACUCUACAGUUACUCAAGGUGGUCGUGUUCUAAUUCCUGCUUUUGCCCUAGGCCGUGCUCAAGAACUUCUCCUGAUCCUGGAUGAAUACUGGUCAAGUCAUCCUGAUCUUCACAAAGUCCCUAUAUAUUAUGCUUCGCCACUUGCAAAACGGUGCAUGGCUGUUUAUCAAACUUACAUUAAUGCCAUGAAUGAAAAGAUCCGGAAUCAAUUUGCCAACUCGAACCCAUUUGAUUUCAAGCACAUCUUUCCGUUAAAAAGUAUUGAUGAAUUUAAUGACACAGGUCCAUGUGUGGUUAUGGCAAGCCCUGGUGGGCUUCAGAGUGGUUUGUCGCGACAGCUGUUUGAUAAAUGGUGCUCAGACAGGAAAAAUGCUUGUGUCAUACCUGGGUAUGUUGUGGAAGGGACAUUGGCUAAGACUAUAAUUAAUGAGCCUAAGGAAGUUACCCUCACGAAUGGCUUGACUGCUUCCCUAAAUAUGCAGGUCCAUUAUAUUUCCUUCUCAGCGCAUGCAGACUAUGCUCAAACGAGCACAUUCCUGAAAGAGCUAAUGCCUCCCAACAUUAUUUUGGUUCAUGGUGAAGCAAAUGAGAUGGGAAGGCUCAAACAGAAGCUCCUUUCUGUCUUUGCUGAUGGAAACACCAAAAUCAUAACCCCGAAGAACUGCCAAUCUGUAGAAAUGUAUUUCAAUUCUCAGAAAAUGGCAAAAACUAUUGGAAAGCUGGCUGAAAAGACACCUUCAGUUGGUGAAACUGUGAGUGGUUUACUUGUUAAAAAGGGCUUCACCUAUCAGUUUAUGGCUCCUGAGGAUCUUCAUGUAUUCUCUCAGCUAUCCACUGGGAAUAUAAUUCAAAGGAUUACUAUCCCGUACUCUGGCGCCUUUGCUGUUAUAAAGUACAGGCUUAAGCAGAUAUAUGAAAGUGUGGAGUCAUCAACGGACGAGGAAUCAGGGGUUCCCACUUUGCUAGUGCACGGUCAGGUCACAGUGAAGCAGGAAUCUGAAAAUCAUCUUUCCGUGCAUUGGACAGCGGAUCCAAUUAGUGAUAUGGUAUCCGACUCCAUUGUGGCUUUGGUUUUAAACGUCAGUAGGGAGAUGCCUAAGUUGGUGGUUGAUUCCGAACCCGUAGUAAACAAGGAAGAAGACACAAAGAAAGCUGAAAAAAUCGUUGAUGCACUCCUUGUUUCCUUGUUUGGAGACGUUAAAUAUGGGGAAGACGGGAAGCUGGAGAUCAACGUUGAUGGGAAUGAAGCUCAACUAGACAAAGAAAGUGGCGUGGUCGAAAGCGAUAGGGAAGACGGGAAGCUGGUGAUCAACGUUGAUGGGAAUGUAGCUCAACUAGACAAAGAAAGUGGCGUGGUCGAAAGCGAUAACGAAGGUCUUAAGGAACGAGUUAAGAUGGCAUUCUUGCGUAUCAAAAGUGCGGUGAAGCCAAUCCCUCUUUCGGGAUCUUAG